AUGUCCAAGUUUGUGCCGAUUCUCCUUUAUUCGCUGGUGAUGGGGAUUAGUUCCUUUCUCUCGGGGCUGAUCCCGCUUGCGGUUGAGAUCUCCCCGGCCAAUCUACACUACGCUUCCAUGUUCAGCGUGGGCUUGCUCAUAUCAACGGCUUUUGUUCUCAUUAUUAAGGAAGGACUAGAGCACUACACGGUUGACGAGCCAAUUGGUCUGUGGAUGCUGACUGGAUUUGCUGUAUUAUUCACCAUCAAUUCGCUUACCUCGAUCGUUUCAUCGUCGUCCGCAAAGCCAUCAUCAAGCUUUGAACAGUCUUUCCAACUAGACGAGUUUGACCGGGAGUCUUCUCGUCCGUUUACUCCGCCGCCAUCUUCCCAUCGGCACGAGGAAUUGGGAACACCAUUUGCAGCUAAACAACCUCCAAAGAAUUUGAUCCUGGCUCCUUUCAAAAACGCCCAGACUUUGGGGCUUAUCAUUCACGCACUCACUGAUGGAAUCGCUCUGGCAGCAUCCGUCCUUUCCGCGCCGGACUCUUCAACUGAUCUAGGAUCUAUGUUUGUGGUGUUUGCCAUAUUCAUCCACAAACUGCCAACAUGUUUUGCUCUUGCUUCCCUGCUUCUUGCCGAAGGUCUGUCAAGAAUAGAAAUUUUGCAUCACGUGGGAAUCUUUUCGCUGUCUUCACCAGCAGGGGCCUUUCUAACGUAUCUGUUUGUGACAAUGGCAAUCAAUGUUGACCUGAACGAGGCUGCCGGAGAGCUCCUCGUUUUCAGCGGAGGUGCAUUCUUAUUUGUGGCUUUCCAUGCUUUACACGAAACCCUACACCAAAACCAAAGACCAAACGACAAACGCUCACAAUUUAAAGCCCUCGGAAUAUGUCUCCUGGGAAUGAUUUUACCUGCAUUUAUCACACUCAUUGAAGAGGAAUAG